UUUACAUAUUUUCUUAAAACUUUUAAUAUUAUUUUAAGAAGAAAAAAGAAAAGAAAGAUGAAUAGAGGGCCAAGACCAAAUGGGAUAUAUGUGCCACCGGCUCCACAGCAGCAGCCAUCCCAGAAUUUCAAGCCUAAAUCUGAAUGGAAGCAUCAACAAGAUGCUAGCUUUUUAUUAAUUUAUCUUCCUGCAUUCGCAGUGGAUCAACUGACAAUAACACCCGACUCUUCCACGGCAACUCUAAAAAUAGAAGGAAAGCGUCGGCUUCCUAAUAACAAAACUUUGCCACUCGAUGAAGUUUUCAACAUUCCACCAGAACUCCAUUUGUCUAAAAUGGAGAAAGUAUUCGGACGAGGGAUUCUUACCCUCAAAUUCCCCAGAAUUUCCAAUGACGUUUCUCAACAACCAUCUACCAAUGAGUUGGUGGAGGAAACCCCCAACCUCCCUCCAGAAACAACGGCGGACUCCGUCGAUGAAAAGAUGGCCGAUGAUGGAAAAGCAGCUGAACCAGAAACAACCGCUAUGGAAGAGACGGGUUCAGUGAGAGAUAAAAGCGAGGAAGGGAAGUUGGAAGGCGAUGGAAAAGGAGAGGGUGCUGCGAAGAAGGAUGAAAGCAAGGGAUCAUCUGCUAAUAAGGAGGUUGAGGAGAAAGUGAAGGAAAAUAAAGAAACGAGGAAGGAAGAUGAUAAGACAAUGUUAGUGAAUAUGGGGUUAGCAGUUGUUAUCGUCAUGGGACUGGGUGUUUCUAUGCUUUAUACUUUAGUAGGUCAUUAACCUUAACUACUUGCCUACUGCCUACCUCUUCUACAAACAAUAUUAAAAUACAUUUGAAGCAUGGAUGAUAUGCAUCAAAUAUUAAAUUUUAGAAUGUGUAAAAAACAAUAUUAAAAUAUUAUUCUAUAUUUAAAUUUACCAAAAA